AUGCUUCGGCGGCUGAAACUCCGCUGUGGUGUUGGUGUCAGCGUCGGCGUGCGCUUUCUUUCCAUCACCAGUGAGGCGCGCGAGGCGCUCACGAAGCAGCUGAGUGCACUGAAGGAGGAGUGCAAGGGACAGGGCUUGGACUUGGCGGACAUGAACGACGCGUCGCGAACAGCUAUGCGGUCGUUGCAAGAGAGUCUGAAGCGUACAAGCGUUGACAACGAGCAGUUCAAAGGUAAGUGUACUACGCUCACGGCGUCUAUUAAGGCUUACACAGCGCGUCUCUCGAACAUUCAAAAUGAGGCACGCGCCAUUCAAAGCGAGGCUGACGCGCUGCUGAAGCUACUUUGGGGCACGGAUUCCCCACAGAAGGCUGCCUCCUUCGCGUCGCCCCCAAAGUCGGCGGAGAGGACCACUUCAGCUGAGGGGGACGAGUUUGUUGUGGAGCCUCCUCCAGUUGCGAAAGUGUUGGGGAAUGACAAGCAGCCGGCAGAGCGUGUCGAAGCUGAGCGGGUGGAGGAUGCUGUCAAACGACCAGCGACAGAGGAAAUGAAAGUUGAGGAGAUUGAAGUGGAAACGAUAGAGGUCGAAGUGGAGCCACAACAGGACCCAGCCGAUACAAUGAAAAUUACAGACAUCACGAAGGAAUUGUAUGAGCGGGGCGUGAAUUUCUCGGACUGCCUAGACGCCCGUACGCUACGUCAGCGCUACAAGGAUGUGCUCUCGGGUAAAAUCCCGCCGGGGAUUCACCCCGGUUCCCCGGUCGAAAAACCGGGGGCGGCGGAAAUAAACACCAAUCAGCCCCGUAUGCCACAGCAGCGGUCGUACUAUCAGCAGCAGCAGCAGCAGCAGCAGCAAUCGACACCACCACCACCGCCGCCGCCCAACACAAGUGAGUCCGGCCUUGCCCAUGACCCAUACCCCAAUGCUUACCGAAAGAUGGUGGACCCCAUGAAACAUGUGUGGGAACUCAAGAACGAGCUCGCAGCUGAAAAAGGUAUUGAUCCCAACAGUGUGGAUCUGUGGAGUGGUAAGAUGAAGCUGGAGGACCACAAACUCCUGUACGACUACCCGUCUGUGCAAAGCUAUCCUAUCGAGGUGCGUCAGAAGGGAGACAUUCCCCGUUAA